ACCCCGAAAUAGACGGCACCCUCCGCGACGCGUGCGCAACUAUUUUUAACCUACCGCGACAAAGAGUGGGACACAUUCAAAACACUCUCAACUACAGUCCAGAGACAUCCAUUCAGUAGAAUAAAAGUGAAAGUUUAACCUACUUCGGGAGUUAAAACUAGACAAACAUUAUAUAGGUUAAUCGGGAAAAUUAGUUUCAUGGCCUGUUUUUCAGUCCGGACAAUGAACUUUUGUUAGUGCGAAACGGCUAAAAAUAUUUGUUAUGAGUAACGUUUAAAACAUUUUGAACUAUCCCGGAGUUUCCUGUCUGGGUCGUUGGUGCCGGUCGUUUGGUGCGAGUAAACGUUUUGGAAGUUUAAAAGAAGUAAGAAGAAAAAAGUUUAAAAGAAACAAAAUAAGUGUUGUCUUCAUGAUGACUCGUGGUCCUACCAUAGUGCGAGUGGCCCCCAGUGGUGUUGGCGGACAAGGGAUAAAGUGCUGCUGCUGUAGAUGCUGCGAAUGCAUCAACUUCGGCUACUUGACCACACAACAUGGAGUUAUCAAAGUCGCUGAAUUUUUGCUCGGCAGCCUAUGCCAGAGUCUACUGGUGAAGUAUGGUAUGUCCGAGGCGAGCAGCAUGGGUUCGGCGUACCACGGGUUCUUGACGACAGCCGCAGCAUGUGUGUUGACUACCUCGCUGCUCAUCUUCUGCUACGUGGUCUCUUCCAACACCCAGCAGCUUAUUCGACAGUCUAUAUUUGAGUGGGUUUUCAACGCAGUGGCAUGUUUCAUGUAUCUGUCUGCCUCAUCUUAUAUGGGUGUGGCCGUCAACAUCUACUUGUACCCGCGGUACGCGCUCGUCAACAUGUACGCCGCCUACCCCGCGAUGACCGCUGUCUAUUACAUAGGCGUUGUGGUUGGCAUCGUACAUGGACUGGAUGCGUAUAUUUCUUACAAAAACUACAAAGGAAUUAGAUAAUUAACGAACAUCUUUUAAAAAUUUUAAUAUCAUUGUGAGUUUCAUAAAAAACGCAAAUU